GUAGUGGAACGCGCCCUGCAUUCCAGAUCGCGUCUACUACCUGAACUUUGAGUCACGCCUUGCUAGCGAACCUGAACUUCACCUUAGUAGCAGCCGGUUCCCUCUCUUACCUGAAGUACCUGGAACGAACCGGACCGGACCGGAGGAAUGGCUGAUCAGGGACUGUCGGACGAAGCUGCAGCGGCGGCCUGUAAAGACGGGAACCCGAUAACUAAAGACUUCAUGAUGCAGCAGACGAUGUUGAGGGUGAAAGAUCCUGUAAAAUCUCUGGAUUUCUACACACGCAUCCUUGGAAUGACCCUUCUGCAGAAAUUUGAUUUCCCUUCCAUGCGCUUCUCUCUCUACUUCCUGGGUUAUGAAGAUAAGAAGGAAAUUCCUUCCGACACCAAAGAGAAAACAGCCUGGACCUUCUCGCGCCGGGCCACCAUCGAGCUCACACAUAACUGGGGUUCUGAGACAGAUGACAGCCAGUCUUACCACAAUGGAAACUCAGACCCUCGAGGGUUUGGCCACAUAGGAAUUGCCGUACCAGACGUUUACGCCGCAUGCAAGCUGUUUGAAGAGCAAGGAGUGACCUUUGUGAAGAAGCCUGAUGAUGGUAAGAUGAAGGGUUUGGCUUUCAUUCAAGACCCUGAUGGCUACUGGAUAGAAAUUCUCAGCCCCAACAACAUGGUAUCCAUCACGUCUUAAAGAGUCAGCUGAAGCCGUCUGUGCAGCAAAUGUACAAUUCAGAGAAGAUCUCGCUUGGCCGUAAUACAGAAUGUGAUUGGAAAGGAGUCUGGUAUUGGACAUUGGUAUAACUAUAUAGUCUGCUCUUUUGUGGAGAUAGCAAGCAAGAUGAAAUGACUGAGGAGCCCGUCACAAUGAGGGCUGGAGCUGAAUAGCCUGAGCAGCUGCAUUUAGCUGUUGAACUUCCUGUAGGAACAGAUCUGUGUGAAUUGGAUACUAAUCAUUGUAUUACCUGCUAACUGAACCUCACUUCCUCUCAGUACCAGAGCACUAAAGUCAUUUUUUCCAGUUUAUUAACUGUGUUUACAUUGCGUGUCAGUGCAAUCAACUUUUGUCAUACACGUUUAUUUUAAUUCUAAAAAUGUAUGGAUGUAUCAUGCAUUGUUAAUUUGUCCUGUUUGGCACCGAUGAUAGCUAUGCACAAUAAAGCAAAAUGCUGCUUGUCCAAAA